AUGAUAUGGAGGGGAUUGGAGCACCUGAAUCACAUGAUUGGGAGGGGAUUGGAACACCUGAAUCACAUGAUUGGGAGGGGAUUGGAACACCUGAAUCACAUGAUAUGGAGGGGAUUGGAACACCUGAAUCACAUGAUAUGGAGGGGGUUGGAGCAACUGAAUCACAUGAUAUGGAGGGGAUUGGAACACCUGAAAUCACAUGAUAUGGAGGGGAUUGGAACACCUGAAUCACAUGAUUGGGAGGGGAUUGGAACACCUGAAUCACAUGAUUUGGAGGGGAUUGGAACACUUGAAUCACAUGAUAUGGAGGGGAUUGGAACACCUGAAUCACAUAAUAUGGAGGGGAUUGGAACACCUGAAUCACAUGAUUUGGAGAGGAUUGGAACACCUGACUCACAUGAUAUGGGAGGGGAUUGGAACACCCGAAUUACAUGAUUGGAGAGGAUUGGAACACCUGAAUCACAUGAUAUGGAGGGGAUUGGAACACCUGAAUCACAUGAUAUGGAGAGGAUUGGAACACCUGAAUCACAUGAUAUGGAGAGGAUCGGAACACCGGAAUCACAUGAUAUGGAGAGGAUUGGAACACCGGAAUCACAUGAUAUGGAGGGGAUUGGAACACCCGAAUCACAUGAUAUGGAGAGGAUUGGAA